AUGGCCUCUCAACAACAUUCAAUAAUCACUCCUCCGAAAGGCCUAUUCAUAUCGGUUCCAUCUUUAAAUCAUGGCAUGAUGAUCAAUUCAACGAUGAAUCAUCUGAUCGGCAACAACCACCUCCACAACAACAGCAACAACCUCACUCCGAAUGCAAAUGGUAACAAUGCAUCCAUCAACCAUUCAAAUUAUUUGAAUCAUCACCAUUAUCAUCAUCAUCACUAUCCUCUUGUUGCCACCUCCACUUCUCUUUCGUAUGGCACGAAAAAUUCUUCUUCAUCAUCUUCAUCAUCAUCAUCACUACUACAUUCGGGAGCAUCCACUACUGCUGCCUAUCCAUCUUCCUCUCCGUUGCUGGCCAAUUCAUUGUCAUCUCCAACUCUCACAGCUUCAAAUGCCAAUAUGGGUCAAAGCUCACCUCUCUCUCCAAUGAACAAUAAUCCUUCCCAGGCCAACAAUACUUCUUCGAGUGACAUUAACGCAUCCAAUUCUGAAAAUCAAGUGGAGGAUUUUGGAAUACUUAUUACUUGCUGUUUGCAAAAUGAUUUCAUUGGCAAGUUUCCAGGCUCGGUUGGUACCAAUUAUUCGAGUUCCUUAGAUUAUGACUCGAGUACAUUCAUGCAUGUGGGAAAACCCGAGUCACAACGUCUACUCGGAAGUGACUACAAGAGUGGUCCAUUGAAAUCAUUCAUGAGCUGGGCUCGAAGACAAUCCUCGAAUCAUUUAGAAAUUAUUCAUGUGCGAUUUUGGAAUGAAAUUGAUGAGAACAAGUGUAAAACUGUACCUCAUCAUAACAAUAGUAGCGACGGUCACAACAAAAAACAUCACCCCUCCAGUGCAAAUGCAAGCUCUCCAAUACAUUCUCCCUUCCUUUGCAAUGGCUUAUUCUCAGUGAAAGGCACCUCGGGGGCAAAUUUAGUGUUGAAUCUCGAUAAGGACAUACCUAAUAGAGACAAUGAGUCCUAUGUAAAUAUUACCAAUGUGAAUGCAUUCUAUGGUACAGAUUUGGAGUUAAAAAUUGCAAAUGCCAUCGACCGAAAGCAAAAACAACUCGAUGCAGAAAAUUCAACCAAUGGAACCAACAAAAAACUCAAUGUUAAAAUUGGUGUGAUUGGUGUUUGGACUGAAUCCACCAUUCAAUAUUUAUUUUAUGAACUAUCAACGAGAUAUGCACGAUUUUCCAAGCUGCUUUCAACAUGCUCAGCAUUGACUGCAAGCCGAUCACGACAUCAACACUUUUCCAGCCUCCAACAAUUAGAAAGAUACUUCAAUGUUUCGAUAUUGUACAGCUUGUGCGACUUUCAGGAAUGGCUAAUACCAUUCUGGUGGAAGAAAAAUCCAAGUAGCUCAAUAGUCAGUAGUGGUAGAUUUUUAUUUAAACAAUUGGUUCGUUCGCCGGGUGCGCCACAAGAUUUGAGUGCAUCUUCAGAGGUUUCUCCAGUGCCCAUUCUGGAUUUGAUGGAUAAUGAGGAAUGCACUUCACAACUAGGAACAAGCUCCGCCGAUGAGAAUGUAGUCGCACAUCAAAUAAUGCCUUGUUUUCAUUGGAAAUCGAUAGGUGAUGAUUUGAACAAACUUUCAGAUGUUGAUAAGGAAAUUAUUUGUUUGCUUUAUCAUGAUAGUACAGAUGUAGUUUUUUCACGAUUGUCUGGAGGCCACUCUGGAUCAUGGGUUUUCAAAGUUCGAUCGAAAGAUCUCAUGGGACAUGUACAAGCAACUUCCAUUCUCAAGAUUGGAAGAAGAGGACCCAUCACAAGAGAACGUGUGAAUUUUGAAAAAGUUGAGGAAAUUUUGGGAAACAAUGCACCUCAAAUUCGUGGAUUUUGUGAGUUGAAAGAUCGAGCAGGCAUUAAAUUUGCCUAUGCCAGCAUGAUUGAGGAUGAUUUUCAAUUUGCCUCAUCAGAUUCAGAUUUAAUGUCUCCAAAAAGCCCAACCUCGCCUCACAUUGCAGCGAGUGCAAAACGAGCUCCAUCAUCGUUUCGAGAAUUGUACAUGAGUGGUGGAAGUAUGUCAACGAUCAAAUCCGUUCUUCACCGCGUAUUUUAUGGCGUCUUGGGAAGAUUUUAUGAUGCAGCUGUGUCUGAACAAAUUGACUUGUUUGAGACCUAUGAUUUUGAUGGAAAGGGAUGGGCAUGGCAUACAGGCGGAACCGAUAAUCCAGAUGCUGUUCGAAAUCGAAUUGUUUCCAUAUUUUCCGAAUUGCAAGAUUGUUCCUUCUUUGAGCCGAGACAAAUCCCAAAAACACAACAACAACAAAAUGCAUCCACAACGACCGGCACUCUCUCUACCCCAACCACCUCGGCUACUUCUGCAUCAUCCAGUAUUGAGCCCACUUCAGGAAGUAUUUUUGAUAUAUCACCAGAAGAGUAUCAUGGUUCCACACAUGAACAUGUGAAAACCUCAACGAGUAGUAGCAUAACGACAUCCUCAACCGCAAGUACAAGUCAAACCGGUCAACUCUCUCCUUCCAAUUCUCAAAGUCCAACCUCUGCAAUUCCUAAUGGUGGCACCACGAUUGGUACCCCCUCGAAAAUACCUACACAACCCGGCGAAGAAAAGUAUUUGAUAUUUCCUGGUGGUUUUCGUGUGAAAAACAUUGUUCAUUUCCUUCGUGACUCGCUUCCAAAAAUCAAACAGGGAUAUUUGGCAAAAUCUUUCCACUAUGUCUCCUAUGUUCAUGGAGAUUUAAAUGGCAGAAAUAUUAUUUUGGAUACGAAUGAAAAUGUGUGGCUGAUUGAUUUUGAAUAUACGGAGAGAACUCAUAUUCUAAAAGAUGUCGCAAAAUUAGAAAAUGACAUUCUCUUUGAAUAUACACUUAUUGAUAGCGAGAAGGAACUCGAGGAGGCCCUCAUUAUUACUAAGGAACUCGUUUCAGUGAAGGAUUUAGCUGAGCCUUUACCAACAAUGCUUGUUGGUUUGAAAUCUGAAAAAUUGAAACGAGCUUGGGAAGCAGUUGUUGAAUUGCACGGCAUUACGAAACGACUUGUGAGAGGUGACCGUAAUCCAGUUCAACUCGAUAUUGUGUUAUUGAGAUAUACUCUCCACAGUGCAACAUUGAGCUCUCUCAACUUGUAUCAGAGAGCAUGGGCCAUUGCUACUGCUUGUGCAUUGGCACAAAAGAUUGAACGAAAGGCCUUUCGUAAUGACAAGUAUCAUAUUGAUUGGAUUAAUCUGAAGAGCAUUGAUUCCACCAUGUGGGUGACACCCCAUUCAGCUGAAAAACCAAAUGAACACACGUCGACGACCUCAGAGCCCACAUGUGGUGCCUCCAAUCAUGAAGAAGAAGAAACUCAUGCCAUUAAGAAGCGAAAACAUGGGCGAUUGGGAAUAUCAAUCUUACCAGGCCGACCUUCUCAUGGCGGUGUCAUGCAAAACGAUUUACGAGUUCUUCAAAAGAAUAAUGUCAAGAAACUUGUCAUUUUGGCAACUCAAGAAGAGCUUGAAAGACUGUCUGGAGAUUUGAUUCAAGAGGCAACCAAUCUCGGCAUUGAAACGAAAUUUGUUCCAGUCAUGCAAAGACAUCCACCUCCAAUGAAUUACACAAUUUUAUUGUGUGAAUGGAUGAGAGAAGCUAUUGAUGUGAAUAUGGAGAAUGUUGUGAUUGUAUCUGUUUCAGGUCUAGGUCGUUCCGGUACGCUAGCUUCAUGUCUAUUACUGUUACGACAACCAUUGGCACUGGAUGCAAAAACUGCAAUGAAUGCUGUCAAGUUGGUGCGAGGUCCGAGAGUGAUUGAAAAUUCUCGUCAAGCCAAGUUUGUGGAAGAAUUUCAUCGAAUUAUUUUGAGAAGGUUAGAAAAGGGUGUGAUCGAUUUUUCACAGCAGCAGCAGAAUCCUUCCCAAUAUGCAUACAAUAGUCACAACAGUAUCAAUUCGAGUAGUAGUGGUGUCACUGCUACAAUGACGACAGCAUCUCCACGAAAACCCUCAUUGGGAAGCCUUCAACAAGAAUGUCAUCCUUUUACGCAAAAUUGUGGCGAGUCUUCUCCACGGAAACCCAUCUUCACACCCUUACUUUUAUCCAGCCAUCAUCAUCACUAUUUCAAUGGUGGAAAUAACACACCCUCCAUGACAGAAGAUUUGAGUAUUUAUUCUCCUCUUCCAGUUUCGUCGAUUUAUUUUUCGAACGGUAAUAAUGGCAACACGAUGACGAAUGAAGAGCAACAGAAAUCAAUGAUGAAAAGUGUGAAAUCAUUCGAUUCCCUAUCUUCAAUGUUUUCAGAGAGAAAAUAA